AUGAGGAUACCGAGUUCCUCUUGCCUUUGCCCGUUCUUGGUGUGCCUCUGCUUCAUCCAGAGGGGCUAUGGGGCCAGCCACCAUGCCCCGGCCAAAGUCCUCGCCUCAAAGAACCAAACCAAACUGCCCAACGGCGAAAAGGAGGUUCACCAUAGACCCAAGCGCGGGUGGAUCUGGAACCAGUUCUUCGUUUUAGAAGAACACAUGGGACCGGACGCGCAGUACGUCGGAAAGGUCAGCGAGUUCCCACUGUUUGCCCGUCUUAAUGAAGUGGACUGA